AUGGGCGACAUUCUACUGUUCUUGACUGGGCAGGAAGAAAUCGACACGGCCUCGCCGCCCGGCAGCCGUAAAGUUGUCAUCGCCACCAACAUUGCCGAGACGUCGAUUACCAUUGACUACAUCUACUACGUUAUCGACCCCGGCUUCGUGAAGCAGAAUGCGUACGACCCGAAACUGGGAAUGGAUUCCCUGGUGGUUACCCCUGUUUCCCAAGCACAAGCGAAUCAGCGAGCGGGCAGAGCUGGACGGACAGGUCCCGGCAAAAAAGCAGGCGCAAGCGGACCAGAAGAAAGCCAAGUCCACGACCCGUCGGGCGAUCAUCUUACGCUACUGAACGUCUACACCUCCUGGAAAAACAACGGCUUCGCCAACGCGUGGUGUUUCGAGAACUUCAUCCAAGCUCGCUCGAUGCGCCGCGCUAAGGAUGUCCGUGACCAAAUCGUUAAAAUCAUGGAACGCCAUAGGCAUCCCAUCAUCAGCUGUGGCCGCGACACAGACAAAAUCCGGCGGUCCCUCUGUUCGGGCUUUUUCCGCAACACAGCCCGCAAGGACCCGCAAGAGGGCUACAAGACUCUUAUUGAGGGUACUCCUGUCUACCUCCACCCGAGCUCGGCACUGUUUGGUAAGCAGGCCGAGUGGGUUGUCUACCAUACCCUUGUGCUCACGACGCGCGAGUACAUGCAUUUCACGACCACUAUUGAGCCUAAGUGGCUGGCAGAUGAGGCGCCAACCUUCUUCAAGGUGGCGCCGACGGAUCGGUUGAGCAAGAGGAAGCAGGCUGAGAGGAUCCAGCCGUUGUAUAACAAGUACGCCACCGAGGACGACUGGCGGCUGAGCGCGCAGCGCAGGGCGGGACGGUCUGGUGGCGGUGGUGGGACAUGGGCGAAGAGCGUGGGCCUGAGUGGAAAACAAUAG